CGCCUCUGUGCGUGCACACACAAACUGUCAGAUUACCGGCUAUGAAUCACGGGCGUAAGCUGUCUGAUACCUGAAGUUUUACAGACACCGGACACACAGUCCGAUCCACGGACGACCAACAUGAGCGAGAGAUUUAUGGUCGUGCCGGUGGCUCACGGCGAUGAGAGCGCAUGUGGAGACGGAGCGGACGAGGACUCUGUGUUUGACGCCGCCGGUGAUUGUGAAGGAGAACACGCGGAGUGGCGGAGAUCGGUGCCCAUCCUCCGGUACAACAGAGAACCCAACAGAUACGGUGAUGGAAACCCAAGGGAACACAGUCCGUUCAUCAAUAACACAGAUGAUAUUAAAGGAAACCUCUACGAUGGGAAAAACAUGGCACUUUUUGAGGAAGAGAUGGACAGCAACCCCAUGGUGUCUUCACUCCUCAACAAGUUGGCAAACUACACAAACCUCACGCAGGGCGUCAGAGAGCAUGAGGAGGCUGAUGAAGACGAGGGUGCCAAGAAAAAAACCGUUAAGAGUCCGCAGAUGGGGACGUUUAUCGGCGUGUACCUGCCCUGCCUGCAAAAUAUCCUGGGAGUGAUUCUCUUCCUGCGAAUGACAUGGAUCGUGGGGACCUCAGGAAUCUUAGAGGCCUUUAUCAUUGUGUCCAUGUGCUGUUCGUGUACAAUGUUGACAGCCAUAUCUAUGAGUGCCAUUGCUACAAACGGUGUUGUUCCAGCUGGAGGUUCUUACUACAUGAUUUCCAGGUCUCUGGGCCCAGAGUUUGGAGGUGCUGUGGGUCUGUGUUUCUAUCUGGGCACCACUUUUGCUGGGGCCAUGUACAUCCUUGGUACUAUCGAGAUUCUCUUGACAUACAUCGUUCCCAGCGCUGCCAUCUUUAAAGCAGAAGAGAAGGAGUAUGAAGCGGAUGCCAUGCUCAAUAACAUGCGUGUGUACGGCACAUGUUGUCUCGCGCUCAUGGCUCUGGUGGUGUUUGUGGGUGUGAAAUACGUGAACAAGCUCGCGCUGGUCUUCCUCGCCUGUGUGGUGCUGUCCAUCCUGUCCAUCUACGCUGGUGUCAUCAAAACCAUCUUUGAACCACCGGUUUUUCCGGUCUGUUUGUUGGGCAACCGCACCCUCCAGAACCACGACUUUGACAAGUGCUUGAAGACAGAAAUAAUAGACAAUGUGACGAUGACAACAAAGCUCUGGUCACUCUUCUGUAAAGGUCCGGAGCUCAAUGCCAGCUGUAACGAGUACUUCACCAUCAAUAACGUCACAGAGAUACAGGGCAUUCCUGGCCUCACCAGUGGAGUUAUUUCAGAAAACAUGUGGGGAAGCUACGGGCCUGCUGGGAUGCUGGUGGAGAAGCCUGUGCCAUCAGUAGCGGCUGUCGACAGCUCACAGGACAUGUACAUGCCAUAUGUCGUCAAUGACAUCACCACAUUCUUCACACUACUGGUGGGAAUCUACUUCCCCUCUGUCACAGGUAUUAUGGCUGGAUCCAACAGAUCUGGAGAUCUGAGAGACGCUCAGCGGUCCAUUCCCAUCGGAACCAUUCUCGCCAUAGCCACCACCACCAUCAUCUAUCUUUCCUGCGUCGUGUUGUUUGGAGCCUGUAUCGAGGGUGUGGUGCUCCGAGACAAGUUUGGUGACUCUGUGAAAGGGAAUUUGGUGAUCGGCACGCUGUCCUGGCCUUCCCCGUGGGUGAUUGUGAUUGGCUCUUUCUUCUCCUGCUGUGGGGCGGGGCUUCAGAGUCUCACCGGCGCCCCCCGACUGCUGCAGGCCAUUGCCCGAGACGGCAUAGUGCCCUUCCUUGAGGUGUUUGGUCAUGGUAAAGCCAACGGUGAGCCGACCUGGGCUCUUCUGCUGACCGCUCUGAUCUGUGAGAGUGGAAUUCUUAUCGCCUCGCUUGAUGCUGUCGCUCCAAUCCUUUCAAUGUUCUUUCUGAUGUGUUAUUUGUUUGUGAAUCUGGCGUGUGCACUACAGACACUUCUGAGAACACCAAACUGGAGACCACGCUUCAAAUACUACCACUGGGCUCUUUCGUUUCUUGGCAUGAGUUUGUGUCUCGCUCUGAUGUUCAUCUCAUCCUGGUAUUAUGCUCUGGUGGCCAUGCUGAUCGCUGGAUGCAUCUACAAAUACAUUGAAUACCGUGGGGCGGAGAAGGAAUGGGGUGACGGGAUCCGUGGUGUGUCCCUCAACGCCGCACGCUUUGCUCUUAUUCGAUUGGAGGAGGCACCGCCGCACACAAAAAACUGGAGACCUCAGCUGCUGGUUCUGCUCAAUCUGGACUCUGAGCUGUCGGUCAGACACCCUCGUCUGCUGUCGUUCACCACACAACUGAAAGCAGGAAAAGGUCUGACCAUCGUGGGUUCAGUUCUGGAGGGCACGUACCUGACUAAAGAGGCAGAGGCCAAGAGAGCAGAACAGAACAUCAAAGCAGCGAUGACUGCAGAGAAGACAAAAGGCUUCUGUCACGUUGUGGUGUCAUCAAACCUGCGUGACGGCAUCUCUCACCUUGUCCAAUCAGCUGGUCUUGGAGGAAUGAAGCACAACAGUGUUCUGAUGGCUUGGCCGGGAAACUGGAAACAGUCGAACGACCCGCAGUCCUGGAAAAGCUUCAUAGAAACCAUUCGAGAGACCACUGCGGCCCAUCAGGCUCUGCUGGUAGCGAAGAACGUGGACAGUUUCCCUCAUCAAGAGCGUCUUAGUGAAGGAACAAUUGACGUGUGGUGGAUCGUUCAUGAUGGUGGGAUGUUGAUGCUGCUGCCGUUCUUAUUGCGACAGCACAAGGUGUGGAGGAAAUGCAAGAUGCGCAUUUUCACCGUGGCUCAGAUGGAUGACAACAGUAUCCAGAUGAAGAAAGAUCUGCAGAUGUUCCUUUAUCACCUGCGUUUGGAUGCUGAGGUGGAGGUCGUGGAGAUGCAUGAUAGUGACAUCUCGGCGUUCACGUAUGAGAAGACGCUGGUGAUGGAGCAGCGCUCACAGAUGCUCAAACAGAUGCAGCUCUCGCGGACGGAGAGGGAAAGAGAGAUUCAAAGCAUCACUGACGAAUCGCGUAGCUCCAUUCGGAGGAAGCACCAGAGUGGGGCACACAGCUCGGGCGUCAAUAACCAGAGCUCCCAACUAGAUGAUGUUAAUCAAGAUGAGGCCCAGCUGAUCCACGACAGAAAUACGGCUUCUCACGCCACGUUAAACGACAAGGCCGAUGCGACGCCAGCGCGAGUCCACAUGACCUGGACCAAAGAGAAGUUCUUCACUGAACGCAAUCGUAACCGGGAGCCCUUUGCAAACAUGGCCAUACGGGACCUUUUCAACAUGAAACCAGAAUGGGAGAGUCUAAACCAGUCUAACGUGCGUUGCAUGCACACGGCGGUGAAACUGAAUGAAGUGGUGGUCAACAAGUCACAGGGGGCGCACCUCGUCCUCCUCAACAUGCCUGGACCUCCAAGGAACAGGGGUGGCGAUGAAAACUACAUGGAGUUUCUAGAGGUUAUGAUGGAAGGCCUCAAUCGGGUCUUGUUAGUGCGCGGAGGUGGCCGUGAGGUCAUCACCAUAUAUUCAUAAAAUCGAGUGUGGCCCAACGCCCCACCGGCAAGAAUUUCGGUUGUUUUUUCAGAGCAUAGCUGGGUGUCUUUGGAAAACCUAGUGGUCGGGUUUUUAUUGUGGCAUUACACCCGGCUGUGAGUUUGUUAGCGGACAAUGUCGUUUUUGGCCCUCGUGAAGAAAGCUCGCAUGAAGCACCAAUGAAAACUGAGAUGGAACAGAUGAGCUGCUAGAAGACCACCGGCUUGAUUUAUAACGCAGACACUUUAAUUUAUCCUCAUUGACUGUUUUAUUGUUUUAUUGUUCAUACAAACUAUGCUAGGUUUUUAUGUCUGUUUGUUGUCUAACAUCUGCCUGUGGCAGUGUGUAUACAAACAUGAUCUGUUGUUGCUUUUUGUUUAGUUGGUUUUCGCUUCGUUUUGAUUUUACGAAGGCACGUACAAUCCGACUUCAGUGUUCAGAACCAAAGUCUGUUUUAGUGUGCUGAACAAUCUGCAGCACACAAUGUUUUUAAUAACUGCUUUCAAGUUUUUAAAAUGCACACGUUUGAACGUUGCUUACAAAGCUAAUGCUUAAUGUGUUUCGACAGCGCAACCUGUUUAAUAUCGAUUCAUCCAUAAACCGUCCAUCCACAUGUCUCCAUUGUGACUCUGCAAUAUUUUUUUUUUUUUUUUUUGCAUACGUUAGCUACGAUUCAAAUUGUCGCUUGAAACCCAAACUAAUAUCCACCCUCAAUGAGUCAGUCGUAAAUGCGCUUUUUCCCACCAUAUAACCAAUCCAUAUCCGAGAUGUGAAAAGACGUGGUUCUUAUUCCAAUAUCAAGGGAACGUUUGAGUUGGUCGCGUUUUUUCAAAUUUGCUUGCCAUUGGAAGCGGUGCAGCGUGUGGAUGUUGGUUGUGGUCAAAAUUGUUACGUUACUGAAUAGACUUUAUUAUAUGGUAUGUGCAAUAACUUUUGUUUAUCAUUAAGGCAUCUCUGGCCUAACAUAACAUCAAGUUACCAAGGGUUUUGUAUUAUAAUAGUUGAAUCAAAUACUAACAACGUUUAAGGAUAAUAGCCAUAACAUUCGUCAGGCACUGGUACCGUUUUACGUUGCAGAUUUGUUGCUCCAACUUGGCAUAAACCAUUGAAAUCAGCUACUUACUGUUAGGGUUAGGUUGAUUUCAGCUGUAUUGCACUUUUGUCUGAAAAUUGUAUCAUGAAAGCAAAUCACAAAGCUAACAUGUCUACAGAUACUCUGGUUUGAUGUUUUAAAUUGGAACCAGCACUUAACAUCGCACUUUCUCAGCAAUAAAUGAGUUUUCCUCAUAAACGGGAACUAAAUUCAAUGUCUGUUUUGAGGUGCAUAUGAAAUGCGAUGACAUCUGGUGGCGUCAACGAGAACAACCCUUUGUGAAGUUGUCGGGUUGCCCAAUACUUGUUGAGCGUUGACAAUCCUGAGGGCCUUGGUGCAACUAACUAUCAUUACUACUAGACAUUAACUAAAGCACUCAGUAAUCUUUAGACACUAUAUACACUCUGCAAUCAUUCAGCAUGGAAUCAUGUUUGUAGACAUUGCUUAUAGGAAAUAUCAAAUUUGAGUCCCUUCAAUUUUCUUACACUGCAUGCAUUUUAACCAGGCACAACGUGAUAAAGCAGUACGUGUUAAAAAUCUCUUCCACGUUAAGGAGAUUUCACACUGCCGUAAAUCAAUGAGCAGUGUUGGGUUACCCAAAAAAUUACUGAUUACUUCUCUAAAAUUGUAAUCAGUUACACUACUCAUCACUUCAUGAAAAAGUAACCACAAUACUAUUACUUUUAAAGAUACUUUCAAAAAGAUCUUCACAGAAACGUUUGUUUUUCCUCAACUAAUUCAAAAUAAUGUCUAUAUUCCCCCUUGUUAGUAGAAACGCAAACAGACGUACGUUUGAAUGUAAUCCAUGUUUUAAAUGUAAUCAUAAAUAUUAUUUUAGAAAUAUGUAUAACCGAAGUAAUGUACUUAAAAGUAACUGUAUCUUUAAUCUGAUUACACUAAUAUUUUUUAAUUUAUUACACUACUUUUUGACUGAAAAGUAAUUAGAUUACAGUAACUACUGUAUAUAAUUGCUUUGUAAUCAGAUUACACUACUCAUCACUUAAUGGAAAAGUAACCACAUUACUAAUUACUUUAAAGUUACUUUCUAAAAACCUUUUAUAGAAAAGUUUGCUUUUCACCUCAACUAAUUCAAAAUAAUGUAUUUUUUCCACCUCGUUCAUAGAAACGCAAACAAACGUAUGUAUGAACGUAAUCCAUGUUUUAAAUAUAAUCAUAAAUAUUAUUUUUAAUAAUAUUAUUAUUUUUAAUAAUAUAAAUGUUAUUACUUCGUGUAACCGAAGUCAUGUAUUUAAAAGUAACUGUAAUCUGAUUACACUAAUUUAAAAUGUAAUUUAUUACACUACUUUUUGACUGAAAAUAGUUGGAUUACAGUAUACUUUGUAAUCAUAUUACACCCAAAACUGUCAGUGAGAGUUGGCGAUAUCUGGCGACUUGAGCAUCUGUUGACGAUGCAAGAGUUCUUUAUGCAACGUCGAGCGACAAGACUAAAGUCCUAAAUUUCGCUCCAUAUAACUGUAUAUAAAACAUCAGAUUUGUUCAGAUUGACUGUGACUUUUGUGCGUUUUCGCUUUCAAUGUGGACAGACAAAUUACGCAAAGUCGCGCCGUGCCUGGUUAGAACACAGUGUAUAGUAUUUAACAUGUACAUUAUGUAGAUUUAAUGUCCUCUUAAUCUGAUCAUUCAGAAUUAUAGGAAGAUGUGUGCCAAAAAUACAGGAAAAGAAACUGCAAAUGUUCAUUCACCGUCUAUGUUUUUGCUGUCUGUUGUAAUACAAAUGUCACACUAGAAUCUUCCUACGUGGGCCAAAAAAAAGCAAUAUAUAUGAUAUUUGAAUAAUGGUCAUUAGAAUGGCUCCAACUGGCUGAUAUUUCAUUGUUUUCAACAAGUGUGUGCAAUAUAUUUGAAGGCAUAAAGAGACAACAGUUCUUCUGUGGUGUGAAGAAGUCUGAAGAAUGCAAUACCUUCUCACGUUACCUAAAACCCAGAGCCCACCUCGGUGGAUUUACUUUGACAGUUUCUUUGAAACCCCCGUUAGCGGUGCAGUAUUUUGUUACCAGAACCAUGUAUUUUUUCUACAUUGUGUUGUCAUAGAGAAGGCUGUUGUUAUUGAUAUGGUUACUUUAGCUCAUCUUAUUUUGUGUUGUUUCAGUAAUUUCUUCACUGCACUGUGUUGAAUGUUGUGUUUCCCUUUAGAAGAUGUGGUGAAUUUUAGGACAAGGAAAAGAUGGGGAUAUUGUGUGAAAUUGUCUAUUUUUUUUAUUUUCAUUUAAUUUUAUGUGGUCAUUUCUUUUUCUCACUGAACAUGUUAGGGAUGCACCGACAUUUCGGCUGCAGAAAAUUUUUGGCCGAAAAUGCUGUUUUCGGUUUUCAAAACAUUAUAUAUAUAUAUAUAUAUAUAUAUAUAUAUAUAUAUAUAUAUAUAUAUAUAUAUAUAUAUAUAUAUAU